AGGGAUAUUCCCCUGAUAAUAUUAAAGGGACAUGGCCCAGAAGAGCAGAGAGGGGAUCAGGAAAGCUGAGACACAGCUGCAGGUGAAUUUGCCUAGAGAUGCAAAAAAAAAAAUAAGAAGGGUUUCUUUAACUACAUAGGACAACAAAGGAAGGUAAAAGAAACUGUACUGUCCAUGAUGAGUGAAAUGGGAGGCCUGUCUACAGCUGGGAUGGAGAAGACAGAGGCACUUAACAACUUUUUUUUGCCUCAAUCUUCACCAGCAAGUGCUCUCACAAAACUGCUCGAUAUUCACAGAGAGCAUCGGGGUUGUUUGGCUCUGGGGAGACCUUAUAGCGGCCUUCCUGUACCCAAAGGGAGCCUAAAGGAAAGACUGGGAGAGACACUAGGAGGGCACCCCAGAAACCUGUAAAACCAGGGCCCAAAGCUCUCAUUAAAUGUCCAAAUCCGCUUAUUAGAGAAUAAGAGAAAAUAAAUAUCCACGUACUAUUUCCACGUUUCUGGAUAAGAUUGAAAGCCACAGAGAAAUAGAUUUGUUGCAUUGAAGCCUUUAUCUUUAAUGACAACCCCUGUAAUGUCUGCGUUUUAAUUAGGUGCUGCAAAAAGCAAGAUGACACUGUAUCUGCUGACACUCAGGCACACCCUGUGUUCAUCUGCUCCAGAGCGUUGCUCCCCUCUCGGUAUUGGAGUCGCCAGAAGAACUGCGUGCUCAGCAAUCGAUUCAGAACUGACUGGCCGCCAAUCAGUGCAAGAGAUCAAUUUCUUCAAUUGUUUAUUAAUUUGCCUGCUUCCAAAUCAUAGAAUCACAGAAUCAUUAAGGUUGGAUAAGACCUCCAAGAUCAUCUUUGCCCAUACAUCCCCCACAUGGAGACUUAGUUUUGGAUGCUUUGUUAGAACUAAGACCAAACUUUCCUAUUUGUGUGCCGUAGGCUGCAAUGAUUUUCCUGCCUGUCUUGGCCACUUUCUGAAAGUGGGAGAGAGUCAUAAACACCAGUAUUUGCCUGGGUGUGACUGUCCUGCUCUGCCAAGGAGUAGAUAACUGGUAGUCCGCUGAAGGUUUAUUGUAUGUCUAUAAGGAGUUUAGGUUAAUGGAUUACCAAGCCAGCGCUGUGUAAAGGCUUUAUAAAGCUUAUUUUUUUUUGCACCGGGGAGAUAGAACUCUGACAACUAGAGCAAAUCUGAGAGACACAAAGGAAGGACAGUGAAAUACCAAAGCAAGAGAAAAUAUAUUCAGGUUAGGAGAGGCUACGCUUUGUAGGCACUAUGAAAGGCUUUCUUUCCUUUACAGUCCUUAUUCUCCUUUCACUGGUGCACAGCUCCCAAGGAGUCUAUGUCCAGGAUGGCGACUUGAAAUUCUCCCUUGAAUCUGUGAAGAAGCUAAAGGAGCUUAUGGAUGAGAACAGAAGCAUUAAUCCUCGCAUGGUGGUUUCAAAGACUACCUAUUCUCCAUGCAAAGAAAAAGAUCUUCCUGAGGAGUUCCAAGCUGUGUGCAAAAGAGAAGAUGCACCCAUGAUUUUCGAGAGGCUGAGCGCGGCUGUCAGCGAAGCUGAUUUGUGCGAAAUCUGUGCCAAUGCUGCCUGCUCUGGUUGCUUUUGAAAAAGGAUGAAACAAUCCGAAGAAGAUGUGCCAAGUUUGUGCAUUUGUGUUGCAAGAUCACAUACCCUCAAAAAUCAAUAUUUAAUCUCCAUCUCCACUGUAGUCAAACUGAAGCUAUUGCCUCAUGUAGACAUGCUAGGGGGGAUCUUUUCCAGCACAUUUAUCCAACUGGUUGGAUAAAUACCUGUGCCUGUAGGUCUGCAUGUGGUAUGUGUAUGUUUGUAACAGAACUGUAGCAUGCAACUUGGGGACAAGUUUUAAGUGUCUAGCUACACUUUCAUACCUGGAAAAUUCUCCAUCUGUUACUUGUACUAAUAGUUUAUUGCCAAUUUAUGGAAUGGAGGUGGACAAGCACUGUAGCUAGUAACAUUUUCCUCAUAGUUGUAUAGAAGUUCCCUUCUGUCGAUGGAUUUUCAUGUUCGUUAAGCUCUAUUUAGGAGACAGGAUGUCCAAACUGCAAUGUUGGCAUUGACAUGAGAGCAUUUAUGUUUUUGUCGUUUUGUUUUGUUGUGUGGUGUGUGUGUUUUUGGUGGCAAUAUUGUGAAGAAAGGGUCUGCCCAUGUUUGUACGCUACUGUACAUGAAAUAAAAGCUCGUGACAAUUUUGUGGG